AUGCGAACUGACCCUGCUUCUGUGUCAUUUGGACAUUUCCAAGCUAAAGAAUAUAAUGUUGCCUCAGGGACCUCGGAAGGAUUGGCUGCAAGUCACAAUUUAAGACAAGGACUAUGCCUGACUAGGCUUUCUGUCACAAAGCUGAACCAUCUGGUGACAGGACAUUUGGUAAGCUAUGGGAUUCCAGCAGUGAGCAUUUCGCCCUUUGGAACCUGGAAAACAGCAUCCAAGAAUGUCAGCCAGGAUGGUACUGAUGUCAUAAAAGAUGCUUUAGAUGCAGGUUAUGUUCCAGUUUUACAUGGAGAUUGUGCUCUGGAUUUGGAACAACAUUGCUGUAUCUUAUCUGGAGAUACAAUCAUUGAGGUUCUUGCUAAGAAGUUCUCUCCUAAGCGAGUUGUGUUUCUCACAGAUGUGAGAGGAAUUUUCACUUGUCCACCUGACACACAAGGUGCUAAACUUCUGGAUUCCAUUAUCAUUCAUCCUGGUGGAACUAUGGAACCACCUGUCCUCACAUCUGUGCUGCCACAUGACACUACUGGAGGCGUGUCUUUGAAAUUACAAACUGCUUUAAAUAUAGUUUCUCAGAGCAAGGGAGCUAUUCCUGUUCUCAUCUGCAAGCUGGACAGUGAUGCAGCUGAAAGGGCUUGUUUGACAGGGGAGCUGAUGGAAGGUGAAGGCACAAAGCUUUUCUUCAAGGAAGCAUGAAGAUGUCUGCAAGAGCCUGAAGUUAAACAAAAGGCAUAUUUCACCAAUGUGGUACAAUUUGGACAUUAGAAUCUAUCAUGGAAUUUAUACUUGACAGUCACAGUCAAUUCCAGACAUCUUAUAUUAAGAAUUCUCUGUUAAUGUCUUGACACUGAACUGAGUGGUGGCACAUAAUCCAGCACUCAGAGAUACAUAAAGUGAUAAUCACACAGCAGUUUCACAUAGAUUUCCUGUAUUUAAGAUCAGUCUUUUCAACUCAGGUAAUCAUGGGGUAGUCCAGAUCCUCUAAACUCUAGGCACAUUUGAAGAAAGGCCUUUGUUAUGUUCCUUUCCUGAGAAUAUAGCAAUAUUAAUGUCAUGUAUAUUUCUAUACCAUUUAUCAGUGAACUCAGCACUCUCUAAGCAGCUUACAAUCUGUAAGAUAAUUGCCCCCCAACAAGCUGGGUACUCAUUUUACCAGCUUACAAAAGGAUGGAAGCCUGAGUCAACCCUGGAGCCCCUGGGACUGAACUCCCAACCUUGUGGCUGCAGUACCAGCAUUUAACCACUGCACCACCAGGGCUCCUUAUUGGUAGCCUUUUGGAGGUAUUUCCUCAAAAGGUACAGUUGUUCCUUCACAUUUGCAGAUUUGACUUUGUAGAUUUGAUUUUUUUGAGGAUUUUAUUAAUAUGUUAUUUCUAGGAAACUAUAGGUCCUCCAGCAUGACUCUUCUGCAAGUUCAUCAUAGAGUCACAAUGGAUGACCUAGCAAUUUUUAAAGAAAACACUUCUCUAGACAAUUGUAGGUCCUCCAGCAUGAUUCUAUGGUCAACCUCUGGCAGAUGUUAACCAUAGAGUUGUGCUGGAAGAUCUAGAAAUUCCUAGAG